UCAAGAUGGCGGCGCCCAUGUUGCGGUGUGUUUCUCGGAGUCGGCGGUUCUGCACCCCAGGCCCGUUGGAAGCCUUGCCCCUGGGGCUGCGUGAGGCCCACUCGGGCGUUAAGGGGUUGCUGGCGGUGCAGAAGGCUCGGGGUUUGUUCAAGGAGUUCUUCCCCGAGAGAGGUACGAAGAUAGAACUCCCAGAGCUCUUCGAUGGUGGCAGGGCGGCCAACUUUCCCCAGACCAUCUACUGCGGUUUCGACCCCACGGCGGACUCGCUUCAUGUGGGGCACCUGCUAGCGCUGCUGGGCCUGUUUCACUUCCAAAGAGCCGGCCACAACGUGAUCGCGCUAGUGGGAGGUGCUACGGCACGCCUGGGAGACCCGAGCGGCCGCACGAAGGAGCGCGAGGCGCUGGACGCAGAGCGCGUGAGGAGCAAUGCGCACGCCCUACGCCUAGGGCUCGAGACUCUGGCAGCGAAUCACCAGCAGCUCUUCACUAAUGGGCGUAAAUGGGGCAGCUUCACUGUGCUGGACAACUCGUCCUGGUACCAGGAGCAGCACCUCGUGGACUUCGUAGCAGCAGUGGGGGGCCACUUCCGCAUGGGCACGCUGCUAAGCCGGCUGAGCGUCCAGACUCGGCUUAAGAGCCCGGAGGGCAUGAGCUUGUGCGAGUUCUUAUACCAGGUGCUCCAGGCUUAUGAUUUCUACUACCUGUUCCAGCGUUAUGGAUGCCGGGUUCAGCUGGGUGGAUCUGAUCAGCUGGGCAACAUCAUGUCGGGAUACGAGUUCAUCAACAAGUUGACUGGAGAAGAUGUAUUUGGAAUCACUCUUCCUCUAAUUACAAGUACAACUGGAGCAAAACUGGGAAAGUCUGCUGGCAAUGCUGUUUGGCUAAACAGAGAUAACACAUCUCCAUUUGAAUUGUAUCAGUUCUUUGUCAGGCAGCCUGAUCAUUCAGUAGAAAGGUACCUGAAGCUCUUCACUUUUCUACCGCUCCCCGAGAUUGAGCACAUCAUGCAGCAGCACGUCAAAGAGCCAGAGAAGCGGGGUCCUCAGAAGAGAUUGGCUGCAGAGGUCACAAAGCUCGUUCAUGGACAGGAAGGGCUGGAUUCCGCUAAAAGGUGUACACAAGCCCUUUAUCAUAGCAGCAUAGAUGCACUGGAGGUCAUGUCUGAUGAAGAGUUAAAAGAGUUGUUUAAAGAAGCUUCCUUUUCUGAAUUAGUUCUUGACCCUGGAACAAGCGUCCUAGAUACAUGUCGAAAAGCAAAUGCCAUUCCAGAUGGUCCCCGGGGGUAUCGGAUGAUAACAGAAGGCGGAGUCAGUAUAAAUCACAGACAAGUAACGAACCCUGAGAGCGUUUUAGUUGUUGGACAACAUAUUCUUAAGAAUGGACUUUCGUUACUUAAAAUAGGAAAACGGAAUUUCUACAUUAUAAAAUGGCUUCAGCUAUGAUGAAACAUUCUUCUGUUGAUUCAGACUGAUCCGUCAUUCAUUCUCAAGACAUGGGAAAGGUUGGCUCCAGACCUUAUACCUUCACUUAUGCAAAUCAAGAGAAUGGAGUAUACUCUAG